AUGAAUGAUGCUCUGAUCAAGGACGAGAAGCGUGCAGCGAGUAUUCUGGAGCGUAUCCCAGCUGGACGAUGGGGCUUGCCUGAGGACUUUGCUGGCUCAAUAGUGUAUCUUGCCAGCCGAGCAAGUCUGUAUGUAUCUGGAGAAGUUUUGACGGUAGACGGAGGCUGGAUGGGUCGAUAA